GCCAUGUGGAGGUCCAUGAGUUGGAAGACCUGAUCUUGGACUGUCUGCUCACUUGGCACCAUAUUUCUGAAGGGCUCACAGACUACAAAUUUUACAGGGUGGGGCCCUCCAACUCCUGUAACCCUUAAACCCCAAGUCACUCAAGCUGGUAUGAGCCCCUGGCCUACACCCAACCCCAUGGCCUAGUAGGUGAGGUCACUCCUGACUCCCAGGUACCCCAAGUCCUGCUUGAUGAUCCCCUGGAUUCCUGUCUUCCUGAGGCCCUGGGAGCUUCUCAGCCCUGUAUUUCCCCAAUUCCUGAAAUCCCCAUGCCUCUGUGAUACUCUUGAGCUUGUAUCUAGGUUUGGGAGAACAAUUCUGAGACCUUGCUGUACAAGGGGAAGGAAUCAACUCUGAAGAAGCCAAGUGUGACUGAAGCGGAUGAAGGCAAAUAUCGCUGUGAGCUGGACACAGUGAUGUCAGGCCCAUCUACUAUCAUUUCAUAUCAUGUCACAGUGCUGCCCCCUAAAAUCCGCCAUGAGAAACAUAAAGAAAAGCUUGAAGACACUGAGGGGAGCCCGUUUGAUGUGAACUCAGAAAGCCCCACAGAAAGUACAGCAACGUCAGCCCACCUGGAGCCCAUCACGUCCCUCCAGCGGUCGCAGGCCCAGAGUAUGCUGCAAGGCCGCCUCUUUGGGCUGCUGAUCUGCUUCUUAAUACUUCUGGUAGCAGCCCUUCUUCUCAGGCUAAUUUACUGGCGAAGAUCCAGACAGAAACAGUGCUCACAACGCAGCCUUGCAAAUACAGCUUCUAAGACGUCAUCUGUUAAGACAACAAAGUCAGCGACCUCGAAGGGAGUUGAAAAUACAUCAUCUAAGACAUCAAGGACAACGACCUCAAAGUGAAAAAAUAAUUAAAUACGUGUCUUGUUGUCUAAG